AAAAAAGCCUCUCCGCCCGCGCUGCCGGACGGCCGGCCACAGAUAAGCUACAGAGUAGAGAGACGAGACCCGUAAGUGGAGGCCGGCGGCGCGCGCUUGGACUGAACGCGAUGGGGAAGGCGGUCGGCUGCGGUGUCGUCCUCCUCCUCCUGGCCGCCGUGCUUGUGCAGGCGGCGCUCGCGGAGGCGGUCACCCGGGCCGACUUCCCGCCGGGGUUCGUCUUCGGCGUCGGCUCCUCGGCCUACCAGGUUGAAGGUGCAGUUGCAGAGGAUGGAAGGAAGCCUAGCAUAUGGGACACAUUCACACAUGGAGGCUAUUCUGUUGACAAUGCGACAGGUGACGUAACUGCAGAUCAGUAUCACAAGUACAAGGAAGAUGUAAAGAUUUUGCAUGAGAUGGGUGUCGAUGCAUACAGGAUGUCAAUUGCCUGGCCUCGACUUAUUCCUGAUGGUCGUGGAGCUAUCAAUCCAAAGGGACUGGAGUACUACAACAAUCUAAUAGAUGAACUCCUUAGUUACGGAAUACAGCCUCAUGUAACGAUCUAUCAUUUUGAUUUUCCUCAGGCUCUUCAAGAUGAGUACAACGGACUGCUUAGUCCUAGAUUCAUAGAGGACUUCACAGCGUAUGCAGAUGUGUGCUUCAAGAACUUCGGCGACAGAGUGAAGUACUGGAGCACUGUCAACGAGCCUAACAUCGAACCAAUUGGUGGAUACGACCAAGGAAUGCUACCGCCACGGCGAUGCUCAUUCCCCUUUGGCUUAUUCGCUUGUGAGGAAGGCAACUCCACCACGGAGCCAUACGUAGUAGCACACCACCUUCUGCUUGCACAUGCCUCAGCAGUGUCCCUAUAUAGAGAGAAGUACCAGGCUGAGCAAGGAGGACGGAUUGGUCUUACUUUGCUUGGUUGGUGGUAUGAGCCCGCCACGGAAACUCCUGAUGAUGUAGCAGCAGCUGCAAGGAUGAAUGACUUCCACAUUGGAUGGUUCAUGCAUCCUAUGGUGUAUGGAGACUACCCUCCUGUGAUGAGGAAGAAUGUUGGAGCCAGGCUACCGUCCUUCACCGAUGAAGAGAGGAAAAGAGUGAAAGGAUCUUUUGAUUUUGUCGGAUUUAACCACUACGUUGCCGUCUACGUGAAAGCUGAUCUUAGCCGACUGGAUCAGAAAUUGAGAGAUUAUAUGUGUGAUGCAGCAGUGGCAUACGACAUGCCAUUCCUCAAGUCAAAUAACCAGUUUCCGUUCGGGUUGACGAACGAUUUUAUGAAAUCGACCCCCUGGGCUCUGAAGAAAAUGCUGAAUCAUCUCCAAGUGAAAUACAAGAACCCUGCUGUGAUGAUCCACGAAAAUGGAGCUGCUGGACAACCUGAUCCAUCCGGAGCAAACACCUAUGACGAUGAGUUCAGGACUCAGUUCUUGCAGGAUUACAUCGAAGCCACACUUCAUUCCAUCAGGAACGGAUCAAAUGUGCAGGGUUACUUCGUGUGGUCAUUCCUGGACGUGUUCGAGUACCUAUUCGGCUACCGCGUCCGGUUCGGUGUCUAUGGUGUCGAAUUCAACUCGCCGGCAAGGACAAGAUAUCAGAGGCAUUCGGCGAAGUGGUACUCCAGCUUCCUCCAUGGAGGCGAGCUCAGGCCGGUGGCUCUGCCUAACGGAGCUUACUCCCAGUGAUCAGCACACUCCAGCUUGACAGGAUCGGAGUUCAUAUUGAUGAGCACCCUCUAGGCUCUUGCCGUCCGUUCAAAAAAAAAUGAGCACCCUCUAGGUGGAAAGAACUUAGCCCGUGUAUGCACGGAUAGUUGGGUGGCAUAACAGUCCUUUCAUAGUUUCAUAUGCUGGGUAAAUGCAUGCGGGACGAGUUGAAUAAGAUGAUCUUUGAGUACGGUCUAGGUACAUGUUUCUUUGGGUUUUAGGAUGGCAGCAGGGUCUUGGUACAUGUUUUCUUUGACUGAUUUGCAGUUGUACACAAAAAAAGGAGGUAAUUAAAGUGUUGGCAUAAGAAACUACAAAUUUCCUUGCUAUUCCCUUCUCUGUCCUAAAUUACUAUUCAUUUUAGCUUUUUUAGGUACAUAUGUUUUACUAGAUGCAUAGCAAAAGCUAUGUAUUUAGAAAAUCAAAACAAAUAGUAAUUUGGGAUGGAGGGAGUAGUUUGCAUAUGGACUUAAAUUUAUAUGAAAGAUACAGGGAUUUGAAGUA